AUGGCUUCGGCAGGGUACGAUGAAAAAACACAACAACUAAGCUUACAAUUUAAGUCUCUCGGAGAACAAAACGAUGCUCAAAAAUUGAGAGAGCAUGAGCAAAUGAUCUUGUUUUACUUUCUAAAGCAAUUUUUAAAAGAUCUAGAAAAAGAUACGGAAAACGACACACGUUUUCGACCAUAUGGAAGCGCUGCUGAAGAUUUAAAGUGCAUUGAGCCAGAUGAUGUGGGAGAUGUGGAUAUUGUGAUAUAUCCUGAUUCAGAUAAUUUGAUGAUCCACGAGGAAUUGAUUGAAUAUUUACCGGAGAAUCCAAUGCACGUCAGAAUCAAAGGAGCUGAUCACCCCGUUCUAAAGUCCUGCCUUGUAGAAGACAAAGAGUACGUGGCCACCUCAGUGUUAAAAACGUUCCAUCCGGCAAUUUAUGGGCGUUCAGUAUCUAGAGUAGUGGAUUUUAUCAUCUUUGCAACCGCUGCGCCACUGAUGAUGGUGACGAGACCAGAACUGUCAUCUCUUCUAGAAAGCACCUACCAAUUAAAAAACAAGGAAGCCAGUCCUGCUUUAACUUUCAGUUUUUCCCGGCCGUUAAACAGACAUCCUAAUAACUCGUUUCAUGUUUGUAGAGAAGGAUUAAAAAGGAUGGCACUCGGCUUUUGUAAACUUAAAGGAACGGAAGAGGAUGCCAAGGUUAUUAACGAUUUUACUCAGCUUACUAAUGAAUUAUAUAUGUAUCUUGAUAGCAAACGUCCAAUCAUUAUUUCAGAAAUACUGCCGGGUUUUCUUCAGUUAUAUCAGAGCUACAGAGCAAAAACCCAUCAGGCUCGGUUUCCAAGCAUUUCCAAGAGUCAACCACAUGAUUAUAAAACCGAGAGAAAGAAGGAUGUAAAAGGCGAGCAACAAAGUACAGAAAAAAUCGCAACCUUUCUUCAGAGGAUAUUUUUAUCCUGCGAUGGCAAGAAAGUUCAAUCAAAUACUGGAGAGUUUAAUUCCGACAUGAGGAAUCGCUCGACGGGAAACCCUGACGCGUUGGACGACAGAAGCGAGACAAAAAACAGUGGAGACCUCGUUGAAAGCCAUAUUUUGUCUCAGAAAAAACAGCUAUUUGUAAUGCAGGAGGACGAAAGUCCCUCCUAUGACUCACAGCGGAAGAAGGCACGUGGAAAGCGAAUACUGAACCCUUUUUUCGAUCCCGUGAUUGCGGGAUCCAUAACUGAAACAAGAGAGGAUUCCAUUAAGGAAGCCGCCAACGUUACAGACUUUGAAAAGUCUUCGGAUCAUCUAGAAGGUGGAGUCGACAUUGUUCCAGCAUUUAAAGCUCCAGGAUGGCCCAUUGUUGCGCAAGAAUGGAUCAGAAGAGAACGUAAGUGGCCUUCACAAGAGGUAAUCGACCAAAUUCUCCAGGAGGGUUUUCAUCUGGUUGUAAAAGCGCCAAAAAAUGGUGGUAAUCUGGAAUGCGAUUUCAGAAUAUCGUUUGCAAAUGCAGAAUACCUCUUAAGCAGAGAGUUAAAUGAAGUCCAGCGCGAGUGUCACCGCUGCCUAAAAAAAUUUCAUCGAGCCUAUCUUUCCACAAAACCCAAGAGUUUGGUGUCAUUUCAUCUAAAGAACCUCUUUCUGCAAACAGUUGAAGAGACUGGUGCUGAAAUUUGGACGCAAAGCAACAGAGUAGAGUGCAUGAUGAAGUUGUUUCGAAACCUUUUGGAAGCUCUAAGAAACAGAGAUUUGCGACACUUCUUUGUGAGAUCUUACAACCUGUUCAGUGUAGACUACAUCGAAGACCUCAAUAUUCUGGAACCCUUGGUUGAAAUUUGUGAGAAGAUCAAUGACAAUCCAAUGCAGUUUGUGAGAAAAUUGACCCAGAGACAAAAUUCCGAACAGACGAAAAAAGAACAAAACUGCAUGCCAGCUCUCACUUCCAAAGGUCAAAGUGAUGUCCAUCAAGAAGUUUCCUGCAAAGGCACCGAGAAAGAAUGUAAAGAAGGAAUAAAUCAAGAGAUUAGUUUGGUUACUAAUUUCCGUUACCGCGACCUAAAAGACAUUUUUCUGUCUACUAGCAAGGAGAUGACUGAUUUGGCUUUUAAAGACCCUCAUUGCAGCCUCCAAAGUCUUUCUUCUCUGGAGAAGUCAAUAAUAGAAGAUCUGCGAGAAAUUGAAAAGUACCAUAUCAUUCAAGUUGCUGACUUCCCUAAAAUGUUUGACAUGUGGUGGGACACAGCUUACUUCAAAAUUCAGUGCAGCCAAGAACCGAACAUUAGGAGUUGUAUCCUUGAUGGGAUUAAGAGCGUCCUCGAAUGGUGCAAGUAUGUACUAAAGCAAGAAGACUUUGCAACUGGAAAUAAAGAAGCUAUCAUUCAACGAAUACUUGAUCCUUCUUUCGAGGAUUCUCGCGACUUGUUAAUCCAAAUUAUACUUGCUAGUUUCGCGUUUCAAUUUAUUCCAUUAAUUUUUCGAGGUGAGAAGGUCGCGCUCCGACUUAGGUCGGCUCAAGCUCCAAAGGUUAUACAGGAGGACAUUCCAUUAGACUGACGUCAUCGCCUUUUUAUGUAAAUUAAGCAGGCGUACUCAACAAAUCAAGCCAAAAAAAAAGUUAAGAUAAAGUGACUAAAGUUAAUGUCAACGAGUUGCUUAUACACUAAGAUUUGCUAAGAUUCCUCAAACAAACCUGACAGUAGCAGUUAUUUAUUGUGAAUGUUUGUCAUUAUACCUUUGUCAGAUACAAAGUGGGUCAAAGAUCCUUAAAACUAUUCACUACAGAAGAAAAUAAAUGUUAAAAUGAGUUUUUUCGUAGAAAAUAUACUCAAGAAAAGGCCAUGUACUCUAGUCUCUUAAGUUUUGGGCAGUUCAAGUUGAAAUACAUUACUAGAACGGCGCGUUACUGAUACAAAGGUGGCAUUUUCCAAGCAACUAAUAAAAAAAUCUUUUUUAUUGAGUCACCAAGGGUUUCCCUUGAUCAGUAUGUAGCUCCCAGCUGGUAGCUUGUGUACAGACCCACCUCCCCUCAGGAAAAAUCGGACAAGGGGCCCCUUCUCCGAUUUUUCCCGGGGGGAGGUGGGAGGGUCUGUACACAGGUUACCCGCUGGUCAAAGGCCUGAGGAUGCUGGGUAGAAAUAGUUGAUGCAACUGUAUUGAUGAUGCAAAAAGAUACAAGGUGUUUUCAGAGGCCCAAAAAUUCACUUCUAUAAUCAAGUCUUGAAUAUAGUAGAAUGAGCGAAAAAGGAAAUUAUGAGACAUUUCCGAGUUAGUGACCAAAUGCUGAGUUUGAAUAGCCAGCAGUGCGCCAAACAGAUCUCGAAUGAUUCACUGUUUUGAUCGUCACAGGAGGUGUAAUUUGAAGAGUGAAUAACUGCAUACAAUAAAUCAUUGAAAACAGGAUUGAAUGAAUAAGAAGUAAGGAGACUGUAUUGCUCUAAAGUCCACUCUAUGGGGCAACUGUGAGGAGAGAGUCCUUUUCAGGUUGUCUAAUUUUUUUAUUACAGUUAGUAUUGCCAUUUAUCUUGUGGAUAAAACCACAUACAGGAAUUUUCAAGUUCCUGGAAAAAACAUUAGAAUUAGUCGUGUAACGAGAGAAUACUAUCCCUUUUGCCCGCAUUGAAACUAAAAACAUAGAACAUUAUAAAACCCUCCAAGACGGAACCCAAUGGCUUUACUGAGACAUAUUCCACACAGGGUUUUGAAGGUUUUAAAUUGCUCUUCCAUCGUUUCCGGCUUCGAAAACCCGGGGGGGUUAUUUGAGUACGUUUUUGCUGGUUAUGUGUCGCUAGUCUCUCACAACCUCUACCCCAUUAUAAUCAAUUCUGUGGCCAAUUAUCCACCCCGUAUCUGUCACUGUUGGGUAAAUGUAAUUUUCGCGAUCCCAAGUGAGUAACUUUCUGUUUAUGCAUCUACCUUAUAAGGCCUUUUAUCAAGGUCAUCCUGAAAUAAAUUGUCGCAUUUGUUAGUAAUGAAGUAAAAAAAGUAAAAAUCCUCACGGUUUGAAAUCCCUAAUUGCCGGAAUAUUCUUGCCUCCAAAAUCCCGAAAUUGAGCGAUCCCAUUCUAGUAACGAUAUGGAAAAUGCAAUCCAAUAGUCAAUCCAGUCGUAAAAAUGCGACUCCAUCCAGCGGCACAUCCCCAUUAGCCUAUUACUUGGUGCCCCCCGGCUUCGAAGACAGAUUGCGAUCCCUGAUAUGCGUUACAUUCUUCGAAAAUGCAUGACGUUUUCUUUUUUCUGUCAACAUCACGCUUGAUUGGCCGAGCGAUUUUUGACAAACCCGUAAAUAUGCUAAGAAACCGGAAGUUCCAGUUCCUAGAAAUUUCCCCCUCUUUUAGUGGUUGUAGUUUCACUCUGUUUAGCAUUAAUGCUUGUCACAAUGGCAGCGAAAGGCACCCAAGAAGAUGCAAAAACUUAGGAUCAACACCUGAUUUACAAGUCUCUGGGAAAAUUAGGUAACGAAGGUAUUUAUAUUAUGGUCUAACCCACCAUGCGCGCGCACCUUAGAGGCUCACUUCUACACGGCACCAGACGAAAUUUUCGACGUGUCAAAAUUUAGGCGCUCAGCUGUUCAGUUCACACCAAAAGAGUAUAAUCAGCUCACGCGAACUCCUUGAUCGUGGAAACAAUAACACGCCCAGUAAUUCAGAAAUUUUCAUGCCAAACUCAAAGUCAAAUUUAGAGUCGGUAGGAUCGGAAAUUGGACCGGUGUGCUGUUAACACCAUAACCUUCGAACUUAUUGAACGGCAAAGGCGUGGUUGCAUGACUACGUGGCAACUCAGCUGGGAGACGCCAGUUUGUAUUUGCUUAAGCAGCGUUCUACGCAUGGCCAGGUCGUAAAAUCUCCGACGCACGUUAAGAUUCAACCUGCUUCGUCAGUUUCGUGUGAACGGAGCGAAAAUGUCGAACCCUUUCGGGUGAACGAAGUCUCCACAAGUCAAAAACUCGUCCGUGCUGUGAUUCCCCAUUUUCCAUUCCCCUUUAAGCCCCAAUAUCCACACAAAGAUUCUCCAAGACUGAUCUCCAUACAUUUCCUUACAGAAUUAGUUAGGAGAAUUUGUUCAAGGAUCAAAGCAUUUUCCCUUAGGUGAUCAUUUUAUAUAUUCUCAUAAACUUUUCUUUUAAUUCUGUAUGGAUAUUGUUAGAAAAUUGAUGUUGGUCACGUACUCUUGGGACUUUUAAAAGGUUAAACGCCUGCCACUCCUAGAGGCUGUAACCCACCACGAGUUUUUCAGCUUCGAUCGGUAGCCGGCUUGGAAACCGAGAUCCAAAGAAAUAUCGUGUGUUUGAAAAAGAUGGAUAAAAAAGUCACAUGACUCAAGGGAAUUUUCAUUGGAAUAUUCUCUCAAGAAAGGAAUGUUUUGGUUUCACUGCAAAAAUAACCUUUCUAACCUAUCCAACAUUUUCUAUCAAUGAAUUCACUCUUCAAAAUGGAAAUUACACUAACAACCAGACCAGCCAAUGGUAGUUUUCCAUUUUGCUUACAAAAACUGAAAUGUCGAAUUCCCUUAAAAUUAUCUAUUUUAGAGGCCCAGAUCUCAUAAAACUCAGCACACUCGUCCAUGCGAGAGUUCGAACGAUAUAAUGGCUUCGGCAGGGUACGAUGAAAAAACACAAGAACUAAGCUUACAAUUUAAGUCUCUCGGAGAACAAAACGAUGCUCAAAAAUCCAGGGCGCAUGAACAAAUGGUCUUGUUUUACUUUCUAAAGCAAUAUUUAAAAGAUCUACUAAAAGAUACGGAAAACGACAUACUUUUUCGACCAUAUGGAAGCGUUGCGGAAGAUUUAAAGUGCAUUGAGCCAGAUGAUGUGGGAGAUGUGGAUAUUGUGACAUAUCCUGAAUCAAAUAAUUUGACGAUCCAUGAGGAGUUGAUCGAAUAUUUACCGGAGAAUCCAAUGCACGUCAGAAUCAAAGGAGCUGAUCACCCCGUUCUAAAGUCCUGCCUUGUAGAAGACACAGAGUACGUGGCCACCUCAGUGUUAAAAACGUUCCAUCCGGCAAUUUAUGGGCGUUCAGUGUCAAACGUAUUGAAUAUUAUCAUCUUUGCUACUGCUGGGCCACUGAUGAUGAUGAUCCUGACACCAGAACCGUCAUCUCUUCUAGAAAGCACCUACCAAUUAAAAAACAAAGAAGCCAGUCCUGCUUUA